AACCCAUUAAAAAAAAGUCCCUUCAAAACUAUAAGAAAAGCUGUGAAGGGUUUAGAAGGAAACAAAAUGGAAGGUUUGAUUCCCUUUUUGUACAAAGCCUUUGUUGUAUAUAAAAGAGAAGGAAGCUUUUCGUCGGUUUUGCUCAGCGAUCAUCACUCUUCUUCUACCUCCGGUUACUACAUGAGACUUCCCGGGGAUUCCUCCGGUAGAUUUCGAAGGUCGGAUCUUCGGCGAUUUGGUUCAGACCGUCUUGGAUUGCUCGAAACGACGACGUCCUCAUCAUCUCGUACGUGUUCCCACUAGGAACAUCGCCAAACGUACGUAGGGACAGACAAUGUGCUGUGGUAAUUGUAUAUUAACUAUUUUAUAUUUAUAUAAUACGUUGUUAUGGUUCACUUCGUAAAUUGUUAUAGUUGUGAGCAAAACAAAGCUCUGGUUCACUUCGUGAAUUGUUAUAGUUGUGAAACAAAGCUCUGUUAAAUCGUCAAGAUUUUGGUAAAACUGUAAAUAUAAGUGUUGUAAGGAUGUCCAUAAUCUUGAUGAUGAAACUUAACAAAGCUGUAAUUUUACUGGACUUUUGGUGGAUCAUGUAUGUAUAAUUUGUUUAAUGGGUUGUUGAUU